CCUCUGAUACUUACGCGUCGAACUACUUACAAUUCAACUUGAUUGUAUUAUUUAAAGUUAAAAUGUUAAUCGUGCUCUUACGCUGAUAAUACGAUAGCGUUUAUUUAGUUCGACAUCGGUCGUCACAAUGCUAGCGGCAUCUGUCCUCGAUAUGCUCAGUAAAAAUAGUUUUACAAUAAUUUAAUUCUGUAGACAUAAAUUACUCAAAUAAUAGUAGAUAUAUUUGUGUUUGUGAUUGUAUAAUUAUGUCGUUUCUUACGAGAAAGUGUAUAGUGACAUUAAAAAAUCUCCAUAGAUUUCAGAAAUUGUGCUCGUUGAAAUAUAGCACCAAGAGUAAUCUGCUAUGCUGUAAUACCAUAUUACGAUACUCCAGAACAAAAGCAUAUGUACAGUGGCGCCAGUUUCAUACAACUCAACUUGUUAACAAAAUUAUCGCUUUCAAUUUAUCUGACAUUGGCGAGGGAAUACGAGAAGUUGUCAUAAAAGAAUGGUUUGUAAAAGUUGGCGAUAAAGUUCAGCAAUUCGACAAUAUUUGCGAAGUGCAGAGUGACAAGGCUGCAGUAACCAUUACCAGCCGGUAUGAUGGUGUUGUUAAACAAUUGUACCACGAGGUUGAUCAAACAGCGUUGGUUGGUCGCCCGCUGGUCGACAUCGAGAUCGACAACGAUGAUAAUGAAAAUGAAGGUACGUCACUCGGAUCAGGUAUAGAAACAAGUUCAGAGGAGGUUCCUAAAACAGAUGUAAAUCAACGACCAAAAGUAUUGACUACUCCAGCAGUUAGAAGAAUUGCAACACAGUUCAAUGUAGAUUUAAGUACGGUAAAAUCAACAGGAAGAAAUGGCAGAAUUUUAAAAGAAGACCUUUUGGCACAUUUAAAUAUAAGUUCAGAUAAAUCGAAUGAAGUUCCAGAAAUAAGUGAAAUAAUGGCAGUCCCUAUAUCAGUAACAGGUGCACAGGCUCGAACAGAAGUUUUAAUAGAAGAUAGAACAGUGCCGGUAACCGGAUUUACGAAAGCAAUGGUGAAGUCGAUGACUGAAGCAAUGAAAAUACCACAUUUUGGAUUUUCCGAUGAAUACAAAGUAUCCAAGUUGGUUCAAUCGAGGGAGAGUUUAAAGUCUUUGGCACUGGAACACGGAGUGAAACUGACAUAUAUGCCGAUAAUUAUUAAAGCUGUAUCAUUGGGAUUGACCUCGUAUCCUAUACUGAAUAGUAGCUUAGAUAACUCUUGUAACAAUAUUAUAUAUAAAGCAAGUCAUAACAUAGGCGUUGCGAUGGAUACUCCCAAUGGCCUUGUAGUUCCUGUAAUAAAGAAUGUACAAAAUAAAAACAUAUUGGAAAUAGCACGUGAACUCAAUGUUUUACAAAACAAGGGUUCGCAAGGACAGCUGGGACUUAAUGAUUUGACUGGUGGUACAUUUACUAUUUCGAAUAUAGGCAUUGUUGGAGGAACUUACACAAAGCCCGUAAUUUUUCCACCACAGGUCGCAAUAGGUGCUUUAGGAAAAAUACAGGUACUACCGAGAUUUGACGUGGAGGGAAAUGUGAUUAAAGCACACAUAUUAACAGUUAGUUGGUCUGCGGAUCACAGAGUCAUCGAUGGGGUCACGAUGGCACGAUUCUCGAAUCUCUUAAAAAGAUAUCUCGAAAACCCUUACACACUUAUAUUAGAUCUAUAGAUAUUUCUUGUUAUUUUAUGUUAAAAUUUUUGUACAAAUUUGUACUAAGAAAAAUUAAAUAAUUUAUAUAAUCUCAAGCACUCGUAUAUUAAAAUGUAUAUGUAGCUUAUAUAUUAGUGCUGACCACUCGCCCUUAUUUUUUUACCAUUUCUAAGCGUUUAGUAUGUCGUACUAUUACUAAGGAUAUUAUUAUAAAUUGCACACAUUUUCAAAGUACCAAGUUAAUUAGUCCUUUUGUUAUAU